CCAUUCCCGUAUCCAAUGCCCCAUUUCCGUAUCCAACGCCGUGUCCAUCCCGACAUUCCAUGCCUCACCCCGCCCCAUCCCGGGGUUCCGGUGUCGGUGCGGCAGCCGCGGCAGCUGCGGAAGAUGAUCCAGCAGACGUUCCAGCAGUACGCGCAGCUGCGGGAGGAGGAGUGCAUCCUGAAGUUCCUGCACACCCUGGCCACCUUCACCCCCAUCGACCAGGAGACCUUCCGCUGCCAGCUGGUCCAAGGAUGGAACAUCACCGUGGACCUGGUCAUCGGCCCCAAGGGCAUCCGCCAGGUGACCACCAAGGACGCCAAGCCCACCUGCCUGGCGGAAUUCCGGGAUAUCAAAUCCAUCCGCUGCUCCGGAGCGGAGGACGGUCAGGCUCUGCUGCAGCUGGAGCUCAACGGGAACCCCCAGGCGUUGGCCAUCAGGACGUCGUCGCUGGCCGAGGCGGAGAACAUGGCCGACCUCAUCGACGGCUACUGCCGCCUCCAGCGCGGCGCGGAGACAUCGCUCCUCGUCCUCCCCAGGAAAGAUCGCGAGAAGAGGCUCAGCCUCCCGCAGAUCCCGGCCCUGAAUCUCGGGGAGAGGCUCUCCACGCUGUCCCACAGCCUCAGCGGGGAUUCGGAAAUUUACGCGGAAAUCCUGGACGAUUCCUCGAGGCCGAGAUCCGGAGCGCAGAACUUCGGGAUCUGCCGCGACGCCGUGGCGCUGGGCCGGAUCCUGGGGGAAGGAUUCUUCGGAGAGGUCUACCAGGGGAUCUACACCACGCCCAGCGGGGAGCGGCUGGACGUGGCGGUGAAGACCUGCAAGGAGGACUGCAGCCCCGAGAACCGGGAGAAGUUCCUCAGCGAAGCCGUGCUGAUGAAGAAGUUGGACCACCCCCACAUCGUCAAACUCAUCGGCAUCGCCGAGGAUGAGCCCACCUGGAUCGUCAUGGAGCUCUAUCCCUACGGAGAGCUGGGCCAGUACCUGGAGCAGAACCGGCGCGUCCUGGCCGUGCCCACGCUGGUGCUCUACGCGCUGCAGGUGGCCAAGGCCAUGGCCUACCUGGAGGCCCUCAGCUGCGUCCACAGGGACAUCGCGGCGCGGAACGUUCUGGUGGCGUCCCCGGAGUGCGUCAAACUGGGCGACUUCGGCCUCUCCCGCUACAUCGAGGACGAGGAGUACUACAAAGCCUCCAUCAGCCGCCUCCCCAUCAAGUGGAUGUCGCCGGAAUCCAUCAACUUCCGGCGCUUCACCGCCGCCAGCGACGUCUGGAUGUUCGGCGUGUGCGUGUGGGAGAUCCUGAGCUGCGGGAAGCAGCCGUUCUUCUGGCUGGAGAACCGGGACGUGAUCGGGGUGCUGGAGAAGGGGGACCGGCUGCCCAAGCCGGAGCGCUGCCCGCCCGUCCUCUACGCGCUGCUGGCGCGCUGCUGGGACUACGACCCCGCCCAGAGGCCCAAAUUCCAGGAGCUGGUCUGCAGCCUCAGCGACAUUUACCUGAUGGAGAAGGAGUUGGCCGAGGAGCAGGAGCGGAGCGGCCGAAACCGCCCCCCCAAAAUCCUGGAGCCGCCGGAAUUCCAGGAGCCACCGGAAUUCCAGGAGCCGCCGCCCAAGCCCAGCAGGCCCCAGUUCAAAGCGCCAUCCCAGAAUAAUCUCCUGGCGCCCAAACUGCAAUUCCAGGUUCCGGAGGGGCUCUGCGCCAGCUCUCCCACCCUCGCCAGCCCCGCCGAGUUCCCGAGCCCGGCGCAUUCCCGGCGCACGCCGCCGCCCGGCCGGCACAACGGCUUCAAGCGCCACAGCAUGAGGGAGGAGGAUUUCCAGCGGCCGGGCAGUCGGGAGGAGGCGCAGGAGCUGCUGUGGCAGGAGCGGCGGCGCUUGGAGGCGGCGCUGGAGCGGCAGCACAAGGAGAUGCUGGAGGACCAGCGCUGGCUCCACCAGGAGGUCCAGAGCCUGGAUCCCAAAAUCUUCCUGAACAGCGCCGUCCCUCCGCUUCUCCCGGAGAAGGAGACGGAUUACACCCAAUUCACGGGGCCCCCCCGGAAGCCGCCGAGAUUCGGGGCUCAGGCGGCGCCCACGGCCCGGCUGGACCGCACGGACGAUCGGAUCUACGGGAACGUCACGGAUCUGGUCCGGGCCGUGCUGGAGCUGAAGGACGAGAUCGGCCUCGUGCCCCCCGAGGGAUACAUCCUGGUGGUCAAGACCAUCGGCCUGUCCCUGCGGAAGCUGAUCGGGAGCGUGGACGCCGUCCUGCCCGCCCUGCCCUGCUCUGCGCACACCGAGAUCGAGGGCACCCAGAAGCUCCUCAACAAGGACUUGGCCAACCUGAUCGGCAAGACGCGGCUGGCGCAGCAGAAUUCCGGCACCUCGCUGGGCGCGGAGUUCCGGCGGCAGAUGCUGACGGCGGCGCACGCCUUGGCCGUGGACGCCAAGAACCUGCUGGACGCCGUGGACCAGGCCAAGCUCCAGGCCCGGCUGGCCAAGCCCUGCUCGGAAUGACCAAGAGGAGGGAAAAAAUUCCAAAAAAAUCCGUCCGGAUCCGGGAGGAAUCGGCUUCUCUGUGCGUCGUUUUUCCCGCUCGUGUUCGUCCAGCGUCGCGUCGCUCUUCGGAAAAUGGAGUUUUCCAAGGAAAAGUUGGGAUUUGGGGGAUUGGGGAAGGAGAUGGUGGGAUCCAUUCCCGGAUUUGUCCUCCGAGCUUGAGGAUUUGCGGAUUUUGGGAUUUUUGGGGGGGAAAAAUCGGAAUUCCCGUGUCCGGCGUUUCCCUCGGAAGGUUUUAUUUAUGGAUCCGGUGGAAUUUCGGGGAGGGAGUUUCGGAGUUGAGGCGGGGACGCAAUCCCGGAGAACGGCGCCUCUUCCAGCCGCGUUAUUCCCGAUUUUUGUGCCAGCGCCGCUCCGGCAAAGCCGCGGUUCCGGUUGGGAAUCGGGCGGUUCCGGCUUUUCCCGCAGCGUUUUUCCCGCAGUUUUCCCAGAUUUUUUUUGUUUUCCGGCUGAGAUAAACCGUGCGCCAAA